UGAUCGGUUGGACACGACGGCCCCAGCUCCGAACCACAACAGUAUCGUAGUGGAGCUCUCGUGAGCUGACCGCGCCCCGCGGCGCUCCUCUUCGUCGUGUUGGUCGAAAAGAAGUGAACCGUCGCCGUCGUCCGAAUCAUGACGUCCUAGCCCGCUGCAGAGUCCUACAGCUCGCCCAGCAGCAGCGUCAGCCCUUUGGCCCAAGCCGCCCUUCACGAGAGCGCCAUGUUCUCCUUGCAGUAUCUGGUGUCGAAGCCCGUGGAGGAGGGGCUGAUGAAGCUGGAUAUGGGGCCCCUGGGGCACGGGCCGGGGCUGGGCCCGCGGGUCGUCGAGGUCAAGUCCCUGACGCGGUGGAGCCAGACGCCCCCCGCCCACGGAGGCCUCCUGGCCGACUACAGCGGCGAGCUGCCCGCCCACAAGCACUGCCCCUUCCCCUACAACCCCACGCUCAACCACAAGGUGGUGCUUUGGAACGGAGACAUAUCAGAGCUGAGCCUGGACGCCAUCGUGCACAGCACCAACGAGUCCAUGUCCGAGAGGACUCCGCACAGCGACCGCAUCCACCAGCGGGCGGGCCGCGGGCUGCGGGACGAGAUCAUCAACGAGGUCAUAGAGUGUCGGACCGGCGGAGUGCGGGUGACACAGGGGCACAACCUGCCGGCCAGGUUCAUCAUCCACACCGUGGGGCCCAAGUACAACAUCAAGUACCAGACGGCGGCGGAGAACUCGCUGCACAUGUGUUACAGAAACGUACUGCAGAAGGCGAAGGAACUGAACCUGCAGUCACUGGGCCUCUGCGUCAUCAACUCGGUGCGGAGAAACUACCCUCCAGACCGGGGGGCGCACAUAGCCCUACGCACGCUCCGGCGGCACCUGGAGCUGCCCAGCUACUCGCAGCUCGACGCCGUGGUGCUGGCCGUGGACAACGUGGACCUCAGCAUCUACGAGGUGCUGCUGCCGCUCUACUUCCCCAGGUCCUCCGCCGAGGAGGCCCAGUCCCGCUGGCUGCUGCCCGCCGACAUCGGCGGCUCGCUCGGCGAGCCCGUGCUCCCCGACCGGCAGAUCAGGAUCAUCGACAACCCGCACCACGCCUUCACCGUGGACCGCUGCGUGGGGUGCGGCGGCAGCGUGCACUCGGGCUCGUGCUCCGACGUGUACGUGGACGUGCGGGGCGGUGAGGCCGUGUCCGUGUCCGAGCACAUCGGCGAGCACGCCUUCAGCCAGAUGCAGGGCGACCUGGACCAGCAGCGGCUGCUGGGCGAGCGGCCCACCGCCGACAUCGAGCUGGUCCGCCAGAUCCAGAGCAAGGAGCGGUACGAGCGGCUGCUGCGUCGGGCCCGGACCGAGGACCUGUCCGAGGUGUCCGGCAUCGGCUGCCUGUACCAGAGCGGCGUGGACCGCUUCGGCCGGCCGGUCAUCGUCUUCGUCGGCAAAUGGUUCCGCUUCAAAGAGAUCGACCUGGACAAGGCGCUGCUGUACCUCAUCUAUUUGCUGGAUCCUUUGGUCAAGAGCGACUAUGUGAUUGCGUACUUCCACACGUUGACGUCAACGGCCAACUAUCCCUCCUUCCAGUGGCUGAAGGAGGUUUAUAAUAUACUGCCUUACAAGUAUAAGAAGAAUUUGAAGGCGUGCUACGUCGUACAUCCCACAUUCUGGACCAAGAUGAUGACUUGGUGGUUCACGACGUUCAUGGCGCCCGCGAUCAAGCACAAGGUGCACAGCCUGCCGGGUGUGGAGUACCUGUACGAGAUCAUGAGCAGGGACGACCUUGAAAUCCCCGCCUUUAUCACUGAGCACGACAUGACGAUCAACGGACUCCACUACUUCCAUCCCAUGCAGCCCACCUAGGGGCGACUUUUCCGGCACGAGGACCCCGAGGACUACCUCCUCAACCGACGGGUCCCGUUCCGGAAUGAGGAUGACGAUGACGACCAGCCAGAGUCCCUCUACCUUAACUUUCGCUUGCUGGUACAAUACCUGCUCGCCCUUGCCAAACUGAAGUAAGGGUGCUGGGGUGCGUCAUGAACUGCCUUGAGCUUGACCCCCAGUGUGCCCUCCUGAGCCCUGCUUUACCCAGAGGACUCGUCUCUCCGUUAAGUGUUGUUACAAGUGUGUCUGUUCGCCAUUUUUAAAGCAUUUUCAUACCCAUGAACUAGUUGAUGAGUACCAGCAUCAACGAAGAACAGGUGCAUAGCAAGACUGCGUAGUUAGGCGUUCCCGUUAUUUUAGCAAUGUUUUAUGAAGUGUGCAGUGUGGAUGAAUGAGAGUGUAAGUAAGUCCCCAUAGUUGAACAGUGUUAUUUAGUUUGAACUGUGUGUUUCUAAACCUUGUGUAAAGUUGUUGAUAGGUGUCCGCAUUAUCUGCGGUGAGCAAAGGAGCUCGUCUUGACAGCAAUAUGUUAUACUUACUAAAUGGUGUGCAAUGUACUGUUUGUGGAAAUCAAAAGUUGUAUGUGUACAUUUUUAAUACUAAAGUUUCCUGAUACAUGUGUUGUGAUGUACCGUUGCCUUGUUGAUACCCUGCUUUUUGUCCUAAGUAAGAAAUUUGUAUAGCAAGCUUGUGUCGGAAUAGUGGCACUAUUAGGCAAUACCAAAAGUCAGCAAGUCUUUCUAAAUGGACGUAUCAAUUGUUUCUGCAGAUUUAAAUCUGCAAUUAUCAACAAAAAGUCGAAUUUGGAGACUAAAUUUAGAUAAUUUUUAAUGUGGAUGCGGGUUUCUCUAAAUAACUGGUCUGCAAAGAGAAUAAUAUGUUCAAUCAAGGCAUUCUAUGUAUACAUAAAAAAUGUAUACAUGAAAUAAUAUAGUUCCAUGACUGUGGAAUCUCUUGCUUCUCAAGCAGUAACUUGAAUGAGAUUGCAGGGUGUACUCGUUGUAGUGCUGAAUUAUUGUAAGUUUGCUAAAGUUUACCAGUCCAGCUUAAUUAUCUUAUCCUUUCUUGAGGGUUUUUGUGAUUCAUUCACUUUUUCUUAUUAAUUUCCACCAUCUAAAAUUGAUCAUGUCUACUUGAUAACCGCCAAAAGCAUGGCUUUCCCUUAUGCCCGUAUGUAGGUCAUGGUGCUUUGGCUUUAUUGUCAUUGAGAUAUUACCACUAUGCUAUUCUAUACAUUUUUUACUUUUUUUGUUUUGUUGAAAUUUGUCAUUUCUUGGAAGUUCAGUGUAGUAUCCCUGUUAUUCCUGUCAUACCUGUAAAGUAACAUCACUGAAGAACCAUUACAGCAUUUGUAAUAAUGUACCCAAUAGAUGUAAAUUGUACUUUGAGAACCACCCGAAAAGGCUAAUUUCCUCAAUGGAAUUUCUUGAUAAGAACCAAAAUGCAAUAUCUAUCUGGUUCUUAAUGCUGCAGGUGAACUAAACGACCACUGCCGUUACAUUUCUGAACUAUUGUCAUUUGUUCACAUGCAUGCUCUUUGCUUUAUCAUAAGGGUAUAUAAUAAUGAAAAAUAUUUACCCCAAAGCAGUUAUUUUUCCUUGUUAGUAUGUUAGUUAUGUCUCAUAUUUGUUGGCGGCUCAUUUGUCAUUUGGCAAUGGCUGGUUUUUAAAAAUGUUAUUGUAAUUGUUGUUCAAGUUUUAGCAAAUUUUGGUGUCACCUCUUUAUACAUUUUGGUCCAGUGGGGCAUACCAGAAUAAAAAUGUUUGUGACUCAUUUUAAUUUGAGUAAUUUGUAAUGUACUGUAGUUUUGUGUGUUGCCUUGAGGUAUAACUCAAUUUGUUGUCAUGAAGUUUUCAAUGCAAUUGUUGUAGCAAUAUGAUUUUACAUACUGAUUUUUGGAACACACUAAAUGUAUCUUGUGUGCCAAGUAACAGCAAUGCUGAAAAAUAGUUGAAGUGUUUUGCACUUAACAGUAAUCUGCAACCGUGCUUCCAGUUGGGUUUGCUAAAAGUACACCAGCGUGCAUAUUGUAAAUUUUGUAUAAUAUUUUCCCCCGUGGGCAAAAAACAAAAAAGAUUUACGAAGUGCAUAUUCAAGAAAUUGCUCUAAUGCAAACUGGCAAUAGAAGAGUUAUUGUGUAAACAAAGUACCUGUUAUAGAGUAUUCCUUGGAUUGCUGUCUUACCUCUAUGUUUUAUGAAUUUGUUUCACCACAGUGACCAAUAAUACAUUCCUAAUACAGUUGAAAUCAAAGGUGUAUCAUAUUUCAUCAAAACAUUAUUUUUACCCUGCCAAGUGCCAUUAGCUGAUAAACAGGCACUAUAAUUUACAUGCAGCAUGAAAAGAUAUGGUUCAGGUUUGCAUUCUCAACCACGUGUGUCUUAGGAAAAAUAUUGUAUUGAUUUGCUAUGCAGAUGUGUAGGGUUGUAGGAUGACCCCUUCAAAAGAAUCUGACCGUGAUGAUUGUAACUGGUGUAGGUGAAAUUUCAUUAGUGGUUGUUCAUAGAGCUUUGGAAUACAUUGAGUUCUUUCUUAUUUAAUGAAAAUAGAAAGGAAAAUAAUUGUCCCACUCAAACAGUAAAUUUGACUGUGUACAUAGAAAUGAGCUGUUUAAGUGCAUUCCCAUUUGUGAAGCUGUGUAGUGAUAAGAAGUGCCAAACAUGGAGUACUUGCAUGUGUUUUAAAGUGGAACACAGCUUUGACUCCUGCAAAUGUAUGGGUGACAGCUACUUUUGUCUUGCAUGUGUCCGCAGGGAUGCGUAAUCUUAGGCAAUCAUACCACCAGUUAUAAAUAGGUGAUAUUAAGCACUGACAGUAGAUUUGAGUCCAUUAAGAACACUGUGCCCUCACAGAAAACACAAACUGUAAAUGAACGGCUAUCACCUCAUAUACAUAUUUAUUGUAAUUUUUAUUUUCUUCGUAUUUCUUUUAAAUUAUUUUUGUCUUAAAUCAAGAGUCAGAUAGUUUCUGAAUGUUUUUAUCAGAGACAGAUAAAGAAAUCAGAAAGGUAUCCAUGUCCCAAAGCAUUCUUACUGUCUAAUGAGACCAUUAUGUUGGAGAACAAAUGGAGACUCAUGGAAUGCUUUUGCAUUCUAGUCAUAGAGGGGUUUGAAGGCAGUCAAGCUGCCAUCUGUAUAAAUGGAUACUAGUUAGGAUUGUUUUAAUGCAAUAGUGGAAGUUUAUAUUUAUCAUCUAACAUAGAAAAUGAAAAUAGUAUUGCAAUCAGUUUGUUUGCGCUUUUAACUACUUUGAAUGGUUUCCUUCGUUUAACAGUAGCCAGUCAUUUUUACAAUUUCCCUUUAUAUUAAGGCAUAGUUUUGUCCAAGUUUUUUGAAAGUUAUGAAAUUAAGAUGUUAAAGCUUUGGUUGGGUGGGUGAGCAUGAGGUCUGAAGAAUUGUUAUCCGAGUUGUUAGCCUGUUAAGAAUAUAUUAUUGCGCUUUGCUAAUUGUAGAGGAAAUGGAAAAGGAUUGUUACAGUUGUUCUUAUUAUACCAUGGUGUUCCUCUGUUACAGACUCUUAAGAGCACAGAUUGAGGACACCAUAAAGAAAAAUGUUGGAAUGAUUUGAAAUUUAAUACCAGAGUGCUCAUCACUCAAGCGUUCUAGGAUUUAAAAGAUUAAAAGCAGAGAAUGGGUGUGUAUUGUUAGUUGCAUUGCUUUUGGCCUUCAUUUUCCUCUCAUUGGCCGCUCCAUGCAUUUGUGAUUACUCUUUUUUUACAGUUUUAAUUUUUUAUGUACGUUGAACACAUGAUAUUGAAUACACCCAAUGUUGAAUGUUA